UUUCCGUCCUCGGCAAAGAAGGUGGUUCUUCAUACGCUUUGUAUCCGUUUUUCCUCACAACUGCAAAUUUCUCUUUCUCUCUCCUUUUUCCCCCAAAUCCCUUUUCCAACAAACCCUAAUUUCAUCGCCUUCCAAUUUCUCCAUACUUCUGGGUUUUCUCCGUUGAACUUCCUUUUCACUUUUACUUUCGCAUUGAGAGAGAUACAAAUUCAUCAAACUCCCCCUAACGCCCUUUAAUUUUGCUCUGGACUUUUCCCGUUCGAUUUUUCUGCUGCAAAUUCGGGCGUUGUUAAGGUUUGGGAUUUCGAGAUAGUUUUCUCUUCUCAUGUGUGUUUUUUUUUUCCGGGUAAUUUUUUGAUUAAAUUGGUUAGGGUUUCUAUAUUCGUAUGCGUUAUUGUUGAUUUCUACGGGUUUUUUAAUUAUUGGGGGCACUGCUGAAAUUCUAUAAUCUGGUUAGCUGCGGUUUGAGGGUUUUUAAGUGCAUUCUUUUGUGAUAGAUUGUAAUUUGUUUGUUGGGGAAAGUGAUGAGGGUCUCAUAAGUGUGUUUUUUUUGUUCUGCAAAUCCAUCUUUUUCUAGCUCAAAGAUGGAGGAGUAGAAUUGCGUAUUGCACCAAUUCUCUAUUGCACUCUUGGUUCUCUUUUGGUGAAUGGCAUUUUUGUUUGCGCCUCCAUUGAUACUCUUGGUGUGGUUUGGUACUUGUAUUCGUCUUUGGUUCCUUCAUUAAACCAUAGAAUCGCCACAAUAGUUUCAGAAACCUUAGUUUUAGCUGUACAGCACGGUAGCAAUUCAAAUUGAUUUUUGAUUUAGCUUUGAGAGAGGUUGCUGUGGACAACAAAUUGACAUCGCUUUCGAGUAUUUGGGGAUUGUGAUAGAAGAGUUGUGUGGAGAAACAGAACCAAGUUUUUGUUGGAGCUAUUGACUGUAAGAAUAGUUUCCACUAUAGCACAACAAGGUUGAAGAUUGAGUAGGAUAUUGGUUAGAGAUUAAAGUUUGAUGGUGCCAGCUUCAUAGGCUAGUGAUUAGAAAAGGAGAUUGAAGAAGUGGGAAGUUCAUCAGUGAUUUCGUUGGUACGUAAAUUAACAUGUUCAGCUUCCGUCAUGGAGAGAAGUGAACCCAGUUUAGUUCCUGAAUGGUUGAGAAGCACUGGAGGUGGAAGUUUGAGCCACCAUGUUUCAUCUUCAAAAACAGAUGGUCCAUUGUUAGCACUUCCUAAAAGAAACAGGAAUUUGAAUAGCAGCAAUUACAUUGAUGCAUCUAACUCCUCUAUUCUAGAACGGAGCUCUUCAACUAAUUCUCGAAGAAGUUCAAUCAGCAAUGGCUCCUGUAAGUAUGAUAAGAACCCCUACUCGCGUUCCUACAACAAUUCUGCUAGAAACCAACGUGUUAAAGAUAGAGAAAAAUUAGACAAUCCCGACACUUGGGAUUCUGAAUAUUCUGAACCCUUGAGAAGCAUUAUUGGGGGAAGGCUUGAGAAAGAUACUCUUAGACGUUCUCAGUCCAUGAUCUCGAGAAGGCCGGAUGAGUUCAUGCAGCGUAGAUCCAUCACGGAUUUGAGAAAUAGGAGCAAUAACAUCAAUGGCAUUGGGAAUGGAUCUAUAUCUGUUGGUAGUGCUUCAGCAGGCACCCAGAAGGUGUCAUUUGAAAAAGAUUUUCCAUUGCUUGGAUCUGAUGAGAGGCCUUCUACACCUGAUAUAGCCAGAGUACCAUCGCCUGGGCUGAGUAGAGGUGUUCAGGGCUUGUGUAUUGGUACUUCAUCAUUGAUUGGGUGUGAAGGUUGGACAUCAGCUUUAGCUGAGGUGCCUGUAGUCACCAGCAAUAACAUUGGAUCCUCCCCUAGCUUGCAGCCAGCUCCUUGUGCUGUUGGUGGUUCACCUUCUGCUUCAAUCCCAAUUGAGGCAGGUACCCCUAAUGGUCUCAAUAUGGCUGAAGCAUUGGUGCAGGGUCCCGUGCGACCUCAAACUGUACCACAGCAAAAUGUCUCGACACUAAGGUUUGAGGAACUACCUUCAGUUGGAUCAAAGAAGCUAAUACCUAUGACCUCCUCAAUGCCAAAAAGCUCGGUACUUAACCCAUCUGAUAAGUUGAAACCUAAGACAGCUGCGAGACCCAAUGAUGGUGUGGCUGGUCCUAAGAAUGGGCUGCAGCAAAUGCCGUCUUUGCAACUUGGGAGUCAAGUUGUUCGUGGUGGGAGUGGCCGAGCCGAUGGUCUAAAUUCAUCUUCUUCAAAGCUUCUGUUGCUUAAACCCGGACGAGAAAAAGUUGUUUCUCCUGCUUUGAAGGAUGUUCCUGCUCAAACAAUCAAAGCUACAGCAAAUGCCGUUGUAAAUGGUCCAUCCACCGGUUCUUCUUCAGUUGCAUCUCUUCCUUUUAAGAAUAAUCCAAAUCACCUCAGGCAUUCUAAUAAUAAUGAGCGCAAGACAUCUGCUGCUUAUAAUUUGAAUGGUGUACAAAUGGUGGAUAAGAGGUUAUCCCAUGCCCAGCUUCAGAGCCGGGCUGCUUUCUUUAACCUGGUGAGGAAGAAAUCUAUGGGUGGUGUAUCUGCUGCUGCGGAUUCUGGCGCAGUUGUCUCAUCUGUUGUGCAGAAUUCAGGUGAAGAGAAGGAAAUGACCUCUGGUCCAGCGAGUCCCACUGAAAAUGGCAGUGAGGUGAAUUGUAACGGUGGUAUUAGCUUUUCAGACCAAAGAGAGAGUGACAUAAGUCAGGAUGAGCUCAUCCAUUCGGAGGAAGAGUUGGAUUUUUUACGUACUCUUGGUUGGGAGGCUGGCUGUGGAGAGGAUGAAGGCCUUACAGAUGAAGAGAUAAAUGCUUUUGUUCAGAAGUAUAUGAAAUGGAGACCAGAUUCAAAGCUGCUUCAAGGGUUACAGUCAAAGAUAAUGGCUGAAUCAAAUCCUCCACCUUCUUCUUCGCGUUCUUCUACUGAUGCUUCCUCUGAUCUGGGAACAGCAGAUUCUUCACGGUGAAGAUUCAAUUUUUGAUUACUAUACUUGCUUCAGGAAAUAGUGAAAGGUAGAUUUUUUUUUGCUUUGCUUUCGUUUUUGAAUGGGAAAGCUGAUCAAGUGAGAGAUGAAUAUGAUAUGAUAGAAAAGUGGUGGGUGUGUACUGAAAUGAGCGAAUUUGGGUUUUGCCAUUCAAUAAUUUUCUGGCGCCUCAUUCUCUGCCAAUCUGGAGUUGCUAUCUUUUCUUGGCCAUGAUGACGGAGGGUGGAUGAUAAUAGGAUUUUUAUUUUGUUUUGUGACAGGAGUUCUUAGAAAAAAUGUUGGGAAAGUGAAGAAAAGCUUAUUAUGGUUUUUGAUCAGUUUAUGACAAAAAUUACAAUACUAAGAGCUUUUGGUUUUAA